AGAAGAAAUCGACUCUACUGAUAAUCUGCAAUCAGACAAGAAGUUAGGAAAACCAGAGAAGUACCGCCCGAAAUCGGUCGACCCCCGGUCGACCCCCGGAGAGAUAUCGUUCGAUUCUAACGAACGGAAUCGUUCGAUUGUGUGACAAAAAGGUAUUGUUAGAGACCAAGCAUGGAGUUAUCAUCCACAAAGCCCACCAUAUAUAUUUUCAGAGAGCUGUAUAUGUCCCAGGCAUUGAGUUGUUGAGAAAUUGAAGCAGAGGUGCCAAAUUCAGUAUCAGAUACUACAGAGGAGAAGUUGAAAUGGCUGGACCAAGGAAGAACCGUAAUGGAACGCAUAGGCGCAUGCGCAGAGCUCUCAAGAAGAUGAAACGAGAAACUGCAGCCAAGAGGGAGGAGCUGGGCCGCCUAAGAGAAGAGACAGCACAAAUGGAAUUUGCAGUGGAACAGCUGAAUUUUGAGGAGGACUUGCUGAGGAUGGUGCUGGAACAAACGUUCUAAUGACAAUGCUUUUAUCUCAGCAACAUUGGACAGUAUUACCCAGGCCCACUUUAUUUAGGAUAUACAAGAAGAACAGUCCGAUCUGUUGCGUCAUGGUCCAAACCCCUGGUGGAGCUUAUCCUACUGCAUAAUUAAGUCCAAGGGCAAUAAAAGUUGUGUCUUUAUGUUCAUGUCUCAUGUCAUAUUAGGUUUAGGUAUUUGGGAGCUAUGUUUUUGGGUUUUUGUUGUUGAUCACUGCUCUUUUAUAUUAAGUUGGAUGUCAGAAUAUUUGGGCUAUUUUCUUCAGUUAAAUGGAUGGAUUCUUGUUUUUGUAUCUUGCCAUAUCCAAUAUUUCAA